AUGGCAGUCGCCAAGACAGGGGCAAUAGCAGUCGCCAAGACGGGGGCAAUAGCAGUCGCCAAGACGGGGGCAAUGGCAGUCGCCAAGACGGGGGCAAUGGCAGUCGCCAAGACGGGGGCAAUGGCAGUCGCCAAGACGGGGGCAAUAGCAGUCGCCAAGACGGGGGCAAUGGCAGUCGCCAAGACGGGGGCAAUGGCAGUCGCCAAGACGGGGGCAAUGGCAGUCGCCAAGACGGGGGCAAUGGCAGUCGCCAAGACGGGGGCAAUGGCAGUCGCCAAGACGGGGGCAAUGGCAGUCGCCAAGACGGGGGCAAUGGCAGUCGCCAAGAUGGGGGCAAUGGCAGUCGCCAAGACGGGGGCAAUGGCAGUCGCCAAGACGGGGGCAAUGGCAGUCGCCAAGACGGGGGGGGGGGGGUAA